UUGGGGCAGUCUCGGCCUCCUUGCUGCUCAGAGAACCCAGAACCUGUCCGGCGGGUUUGGCCAAAAUUGUGCCUUGCUGCCCGUGCAAGUUCACACACUGCUCACUUCUGUCUCCCUCAGGUGGGGAGCGCUGGGGCUCGGCCCGAGGUCGCAGGAGGUCGCUGCAGCGAAGGACCAUGCUGGGGACAGAGGGGCGGUAGAGGCCAGGGGGCCAUCCCUGUACCCUGAGCACAGAGGGGCCUGGGCCAGAGCCCUCGGGAGCCAUGGAGAGCUUCAUGGAGUCACUGAACAGGCUGAAGGACGUCCAUGAGAACGAGGUCCGGGGUCUGCAGAAUAAACUCCUGGAGCUGAACUCCGAGAGAUGCCGGGACGCCCAGAGGGUGGAAGAGCUCUGCGCCAAGAACCAUCAGCUCAGGGAGCAGCAGAAGGCGCUGAAGGAGAACGUGCGGGUGCUGGAGAACAGGCUGCGAGCUGGCCUGUGCGACCGCUGCAUGGUCACCCAGGAGCUGGCCAGGAAGAAGCAGCAGGAGUUCGAGAACUCGCUCCUCCAGAACCUGCAGCACGCCGUCCUCCUCACCAACGAGUUGAACCGCCUGCAGGGGGAAAACGAGACGUUGAAGGAGGAGAUAAAGCGGCUUCGGGGCCCACGGCUCAAGCCCCAGUACAGGGAGGGUGCCUCAGACCCCCCCUCACCCCUACUACUCCCCUCCCCGGGCGCUCGGAAGGCCGCCAUCGAGAAGACAUCAGGAGGCCAUGAGGAGGCCGAGGACGACCAUCCAGAAAAGUCCACGGGGUACAGGACACCUCCAGUAGCCAGAAUCUCCCCAAGCGCCAGCCUGCCCGAGACGUGGGCCCCAGACACGAGCCCCCAGCGGAUCUCCAACCAGCUGCACGGGACCAUUGCCGUGGUGCGGCCUGGGUCCCAGGCAUGCUCUGCUGACCGGGGCUCCACCAACGGGACACCCGCACUGCCGCUCACCGGGAGCAGCCCCCCCAGCCCACCCAAUGAGCACAGCCUCCCCCUGGACAGCUUUCUGCGGGCCGCCCGGCACCCGGUCAUGACCUAUGAGUCCCUGAAGCGCUCCCUCCGGGCUGACCGCCUCUGCCUCCUGAACCGCCACCUGGCCCUGCACCUUCAGAGCCCCCACGGCGGCCCCCAAGUCCCCGCCUCAGCCCCCAGCGGCCCCCGGCCCCAGGGCCUGAAGGCUGGAGAGGCAGAGGCCUGGGAGGAGCCCAUGGGCCCACUGGGCCUCCCGGGGGGCCCAGUGGACAUGCGACACCCUCGGCUGGAGGGACAGCAGCUGCGGGCACAGGGGCGGAUGGGCAGUGCCAGGCUGAGGGGCCCGCCUCCGCCGGGGGGCACCCCACCCUCCCCACCAGUCAGCUCUGACUCAGAAGGCCCCCAGGGUGAGGCAGCCCUGUCCGGAGGGGGACACACACAGCCCACCGGCCCAGGUAGCCCCAGGGGAAAGGAAGCCACAGCCACACAGGACUAUGUCCCAGACAAGCCCCUGGACCUCUCGGAGCGCGGCCGGGGCCGGGAUGCCCCCAAGCCUCCUGACCAGCCGGGGUCACUCAGCCCCCCAGCUGCCCACACUCCCAGCCCAGAGCUGCCCCACGGAGCAGAGCCGCCUGCCCAGCCUGUACCCUGGGGACUCAGCAAUGGCACCAAGGGAGCCAGAGCUCCAGAGGCAGAAGGACCCCCAAGUCCUGCGGAUCCCUCCCAAGCUCUUCCAGGGCCCCACCCCAACGUGCCCUCUCCAAGCGGGACGGGAGAUGAAGCUAGGGGGAGACCAAAACCUCCCCCCCACCCACACCGGCCCGAUGCUGAUGGCCACCCAGAGCUCAGCAAGGCCCAAGUGCAGUGGCUGGAGUCGGACGACCUGGACGAGUCAGACACCUCGGACGAUGAGGUGGGCCAGAGCUGCGAGGUGGGGGCCAAGCCCAGCACACCGCGGGAGGGGCCCAGGUGCUUCUGCACCAAGGAGCGAGGGCAGAGCCUGCAGCGGAAGAGGAAGCGAGCCGCGGGCCCCUGGUGCAGAGCCUCCAAGAAGCCACCCCCAGGGAGAAGGAAUCCGGGGGAGCCCCUGACAGCACAUGAGGGGUCCGGGAGCCCAAGGGACCCUGAGGACGGCAGCCCCCCACCAAGCAACGGCAGCUGGGAGGAGACUUAGCUGCUCCUGGGGGCACCACACCCAACUGACAGCCCAGCACAGGGCAGGAGGGGACCAGGACCUGGACCAUCUCUACAGGGGCCGGAAAGGCCAAGAGGGGGUCUUUGGCUGGCCACUUGGACCCCUCCAUCUCCACCCAUCUCAGAAAUGACCAGCUAGUCCUGGCGCUCGACCCUCACCCCAGCAUCUGCUCCUUUGGGGGGCAGUAGGGUUCUCAGAGGCAGGGGAGGCAGGGGUGACUCAGACUCCAGCCCAGCGCAGUCCCCACCCCUGCUGCACGUAGGCAACCCUUCCUGGGCAGUGCCCCCACUUCUGACGGUCUCAGACUCCACUGGCAUCCCUGACCCCCAGGGCCCUGCGCGCCUGGCCACCCCCUCCCUGACUGGGCGGAGUGCGAGUGGUGGUCUCGGGCGCCCCCUCGUGGAAGCCUGCAAGCGUGCCGGCAGUCAGGGUGUUGGGAGGCCAGUGGGCGCCCCACUGGAGAGGGUAUCCAAGAACAAAGGUGUAAGGGAUGGCAUGUGCCGCUGGCAGAGUCAGGGGGUCGGCUGGGUCUCCAACUACCUGGGCUCUUGAAUGCAUCCAGGCCUGGGAACAAAACCAGCCCCGUUUGCAGAGGGUACAGGGACCAGGGCAAACUCUGGGGAGGGCUGCAGGGAACAGAACGGAAAAUGUGCCCCAGCCCCCACACAGAGUACCCUCCUCACUGAGCGACUACUCCUGUGUCCCCAGACCACACCUGCAGGACCCCAGGGCGGCUGGGCCAGGAUUGCACCCUUAGCCCUCAGGGGUACCCUGCUCCUUCAGCCAUUGUCACUUUAGGAGGGUGUGUCUCAGUACCCUCUGGGGGAGGAGCUUAAACAGGCUCCCAGGCCCCAUUCCAGACCCACUCAACUGGGGUCUUGGGAGCAGGCCUGCACUCGAAGUCUGAGAAGUUUGAGAACUGCUCAUGCUGGGCAAAGGCAAGAUACAGGGCAAUGGCUGGGCCGGGUAAGGCCUGCGACAAAUUGAGGGUGCAGGUCUGACAACGGGAGCACCACUCCCCCUCACUCACUGGCCUGCCCACCUGCUGGCCCCAGAGAUCAGAGGGACUAAAUGCCUAAGAGGGAAGCUGGGGCGGGAGGUGCACGUCUGUGUGUGUGUGUGUGCGUGCGUGUGUGUGAAAACUCCUAUUGUUAAAAGUUGCUCUGAUCUGCCAUCAAAUAAAAGCUGUGUGCAGACAAG